AUGGUGGCUAUCUUCCACGACAUGAUGCAUCAAAUUAUGGAAGUUUACAUAGAUGAUGUGGUGGUAAGAUCUCGAGCACGAAAAGAUCACCUCAACCACUUAAGGAAUGUCUUCAACAGAUGUAUCUUAUGCGCCUUUGGAGUCACCUCCGGAAAAUUUCAGGGGUUUGUUGUUACCGACAAAGGGAUACAAAUCGAUCCGGAUAAGGUAGAAGUGGUAACUACUAUGAGGUCGCCCGCAAAUGUAAAAGAGUUGCAGACUUUUAUUGGUAGAGUAUCUUAUGUCCGAAGGUUCAUCCUAGGGUUGGCGCAACUGUUUUGUGCAUUCACACCGCUAUUGAAGAAGAACAAGCAGUUGCAGUGGGGAGAUGAUCAAGAGCAGGCCUUUCAGAAGCUUAAAGAAUUCUUAAUCAGCGCGUGGGUCCUGCGACCUCCCGUCAAAGGCGAGCCCCUCUACUACAAUUCACUAUUGGCUCAAAACCUCGGCAACGACCAACUGUGCCCAAUUCACUUUAUCAGUAGAGGGUUUAGAGACGCAGAGUUUCGAUAUUCAAAGGCGGAGCAAGCAUGUUUAGUGUUCAUCUAUGCCACACAAAAAUUACGAUCGUAUCUUCUUGCUCAUGAAACCAUAGUGGUGGAGACAGCUAACCCGAUCGCUUACCUGGCGACAAAACCAGUGUUAUCCGGCAGAACUGCCUACUGGCUACAACAGCUGUCCGAUUUUGAGCUAAAAUACCAGCGGUCGAAAGGAGUACGCGGGCAAACAUUCAAAGAUUUAUUGGACGCGUUCCCAAGUAUGGAUAUGACGGAAAUAAGUGAUGAAAUACCCGGAGAAGUUGCGGAAGUACAGGAGGAAGAACGAUGUAAAAGAGACGCAUUUGGCACCAUACGAACGGAAGCUCAGGAAUUAAUAGCGAGGAGAGGAAGCACCGUCAUCGAGCAUAAUAGAAUAUCUACCAAUAAGCAUGCGGACGCGUUGGCUACCUUAGCGACCAAGCUACAGUUAAACGAAGCCGACGAAGGCAGCAUAGUGGUAAAAAGAAGGGCACUACACAGCACAUGGAAAGAGGAUGCAACAUUUGAAUUAAAGGAUGAUUGGAGAACAACAUACAUCGAAGAUCUGACUAGAGAAGCGGACGAUCAGUUACUGCCCGUUAAAGUAUUGAAACAAUUUGUUGUAAUCCGAGGAGCAUCAUACUUUCGAACAUCCGGAGGCGCUUUAUCACGAUGUGUGGGAAAGCCAGAAGCACAGGAAAUACUGAAUUGCGUCCAUGAAAAAUCAUGCGGAAAUACAAGAGGGAUCCCGCUGUACCGACGGCUACAGAGGAUGGGUGUAUACUGGCCAAAUAUGGCAUUCCAAGCAGCGACUGUCAUGUAUUUGUUGAACCAAUAUGGGAUCAAGUUCCACACCUCGAUUGUCUAUUACCCUCAGGGGAAAAGUAAGGCCGAAGCAACCAAAACAACACUGUUAAGGAUACUAAGUCGGACAGUGCAUGAUCAUCACAGGAGCUGGCAUGAGAAGCUACCCCUUGCACUUUGGGCAUACCACAUUUCCAAGAGAAGUUCAACUGGUGCCUCCCCUUAUUCCCUGGUGUACAGAGAAGAUGCAAUACUGCCAGCAGAAAUUGCAAUACCGUCCGCACGCAUGGCUAUGGCCAGCCUCACUACCCCGAAUGAGGUCAGUCGUUUUACUCAUCUGGAUACCUUAGAAGAACGACGAGACAAGGCUGAACGUUUCUCGGAUAAGUAUAGGCAACGGACGACAACAUAUUAUAACCAGAAAGUAAAAGAACGAGUCUUCAGCGUAAAUGACGUAGUGAUGAAAAUCGCACCACAUGUCCAGCGUAAUGAAAAUGCUGGAAAAAUUGUUGCAAAUUGGCAAGGUCCAUUUAUGAUUAGCGAAGCAGCAGAAAGCAGAUAUUAUUAUCUGAGGCGGAUGAAUGGAUCACGCAUCGAUACUCCUAUCAAUAGUAAAUGGCUUAAAACUUAUUACGCUUAA